CACUUCGAGGCCAUGGGUACAGUACAUCGUUUACAGAACCCUCAUCCAGUAUUGAGGGUGCUCCGGCGUACGAUUCGGCGCACGGAGCCGCGCGAUGAGCGGUCAGUCGACGUGUCAAGUGUGUCUCGCUCUCAAAGCUCACAAUGCGUCGGAGUCCGCCUCAUCCAGACAUUUCCUCAGGCCGCGAACGACUGCCCAUCCCUUACUACCCAGAAGAAGAGGAGAAUUUUACCUCGCCCCAUCCGCCCCAAAAAGCCGUCGAAAGGUGUCUGCUUGGAUCGCUCCAGUCAUACAUCCCAGAGAGCAUUGUGCACGAAACUUGGCGCAAAGAGGCUCUCGCUCGUCUUCUCGACGGAGAUCGAGGUGCUGCCUUCGCUCGAACAGGAUCGUCAGAGGCCAACGAGAUCGAACAAUGGCUGCCAAGAGAUGACUGGUCCGUAUCCGACCCAUAUGAGGGUUCUGGAUGCUCCUGCAUUGCUAAGCCUGGAGCUCCGUGCUGCACCGCCGACACCGACUGCGAAUGUGUCGAGUCCUUUGGAAACUUCUACAGUACCGCUGACGCCCAGCUCAAUGGUCUGGCGAGAAUCCUGCAUCUCGACGCAUUGCCUGCGCGACACGCCUUGAGAGAGUGCACACCUCUUUGUGCUUGCCAGCAGGCUUCGUCUUUCAUCAGAUCGAACAGCAUCAGCACACAGCGCGCUGCUGGUCCGGAAGACGAAGCAAGAUCCUUCCGUCAUCCUGAAUUUGUAGACCGAGCCAAAAGGCGGAAGCUGGAGUCUUUAGAAGUGGGGACAGAAUCAAACAGCUACGAAGAUCCACAAAAGAGCGAGCGAGCGAGCAUCCAAUGUGCAAAUCGAGUGGUCGGCUCUGGUCUUGCUUGCCGGCUCUACAUCCGCAGCACUGCUCCGAGACUUGGAAUAUCGCCGCAUCGGUGCUCAAAGUCGGAGGGAAAUGCCGCCAUUUCAGCUGAUCUGAAAUCGGCUAGUCGGGGCCUUGGUCUAUUCACACACGACUUUAUCCCGCGUGGCGCAUUUGUCAUCGAGUAUGCCGGCGAGGUGAUCAGCACGCAGGAAGCUCGGAAGAGAUGGGUCGAGUACCAAAAGCCUUCCAUGUGCUCUCCGGGAAAAGGUUCCGAUCCUGCCAGCUCCAUCGCCAUCUCACAAUCCGACUUUGGACCUAGACCCAGUGUGAGCAACAAAGGAAGCAACUACAUCCUCGUUCUGCAAGAGUGGAUGAAUGUAGGCGCGCAUACAGGCCAUGCUGGCUUCCCAUCAUCACCGGAUCCUCUAAGUGGAACGCAGGCGACCUCGGCUCUGGCACCGAGAGCAUAUCGCACGAACAUCGAUCCAACGAUUACGGGCAAUGCAGGUCGAUUUGCAAAUCAUUCUUGUGAGCCUAAUCUCAUCUCGAUUCCGGUACGCUGUGAUGAGCCCAUCAAGCUUUACGAUGACACAUCUGCCUCGAGCACUUGCGAGACGUAUGCUGUGGCGGCUGCGCCAAGAGCGGCCCUCUUCGCGGCUAGGGACAUACAACCGGACGAUGAACUGACAUUUGAUUACUCAGGUGGAGAGCUAGCCCAGCUUGAUGACUCGCGAAAGCACGGCGAGGGUGUAAAGCGAGAUGUAGGCAGGAGUGGUGCCACGCCAUGUCUCUGCGGUGCCCCAUCGUGUAGAGGCUGGAUGUACUUUGACCCUGCUCUGUAGCCCAAUGUAUGCGCCCUUGCCGAUGCGGUUGGGGG